AUGUUUCAGGAUAUUAGUAGACCAUUCGAGUGCAACGAUUUAUGCCACGAUAUUAUCUGGAAACUGAAUGAGGCUAUUGUGAACGAAGGAAACAACUCAUUAUUGCAUUUGCCAGUAAACGACGACGGAACAAUAUACAGUUUUGGAGCAGAGCCAACGCAGUCAACCGAAAGUAACUGCUUACCGAUUCUCUGGAAUACAAGUCGGCCUCCAGGUGUGUUCGUAUCAGCUGGAAAAUGCAUCCCGCAAGGUACAGAAGAAACAGAGGAAUACAGGAAACUGUGUACUUCCUGUCGCGGCGUAUAUAUACUCAACAAAAACUGCUUUCCACGUUUCAUCAACGCGGUGACAUGCCAAUCACAUUCAAGUGGAUGUAUUUUUGACAAGAUUUCCGGGCAAGGCAAGUACCAUUUGCAAACAUUUUUUUUCCCCUCGACGUUCUGA